AUGCACAAGGCUGUCAAGGCUGACGUGUGUCAUGCGUAUCAAAUCUUAAAGAAAGGUGGUCUGAAGGAUGAAAACAUUGUUGUUUUCAUGUAUGAUGACAUUGCCAAUAAUAGUGAAAACCCUCGGCCUGGUGUCAUCAUCAACAACCCGCAUGGUGAUGAUGUUUACCAGGGAGUUCCAAAGGAUUAUGUUGGAGAUGCAGUAACUGCUGAAAACUUUUACGCUGUGAUUCUUGGCAACAAAACUGCAGUGAAAGGAGGUAGUGGCAAGGUUGUGGACAGCGGUCCGAACGAUCACAUCUUCAUAUAUUACACAGAUCAUGGUGGUCCUGGAAUUCUUGGGACGCCUGCCGGACCAUAUAUAUAUGCAAAUGACCUAAAUGAUGUCUUGAGACAGAAGCAUGCUGCUGGGACAUAUAAGAGCCUGGUAUUUUAUUUGGAAGCAUGUGAAUCUGGAAGCAUAUUCGAAGGUCUUCUUCCCGAAGGCUUGAACAUAUAUGCAACAACUGCAGCAAAUGCGAUUGAGAAUAGUUGGGGAACCUACUGCCCAGGAGAUAACCCGAGUCCUCCCCCUGAAUAUGACACCUGCUUGGGCGACCUCUAUAGUAUUGCCUGGAUGGAAGAUAGUGACGUGCACAAUCUCCGGACUGAAACUUUGAAGCAGCAGUACGAGCUGGUCAAGAAGCGAACAGCGAAUGACAAUGGUGAGUAUGGCUCCCACGUCAUGCAAUAUGGCGACGUGAAGCUAAACACGGAGGCUCUUUAUCUGUAUAUUGGCACAGAUCCUGCCAAUGAUAAUCUCACUUUUGCGGUGGACAAUUCUCUGUUGCCAUCUUCACAAGCUGUCAACCAGCGCGACGCUGAUCUCCUGCAUUUCUGGCAUAAGUUUCGCAAGGCUGCUGAAGGUUCUGAUCGCAAGGCUGAAGCUCAGAUCCAGCUCGCUGAGGCUAUGGCACACCGCGCACACGUUGACAACAGCAUCAAACUGAUCGGCAAAUUCCUCUUCGGGAUUGAGAAGAGCCACGAAGUCAUGAACUACAUCCAACCUACUGGGAAACCUCUUGUAGAAGACUGGAGCUGUAUGAAAACCAUGGUUAGGACAUUUGAGGCGUGCUGUGGGGCGCUAUCCCAGUACGGGAUGAAGCAUAUGCGAGCUUUUGCCAACAUUUGCAACAAGGGUGUGAAGAUUGAGGCGAUGACCGAGGCUUCAGCGCAAGCUUGCACCACCUUCCCUUCCAACCCUUGGAGCUCUCUCUAUAGGGGCUUCAGCGCUUGAUUCGCUGUUGCCUUGCAGCCGGGGUAUGUGGAAGCAUUGGGCCUGGAUUUGAGCUUGUAGAUAUGAAGAUGAGCUUGAUGUUAUAUUUAUAUAUAUAUAUAUAUUGAAAAUGUUAUUGGUGGUCAGGAAUAUAAAGGCCCUAUUCUUGUUCAUAUGAUCAAAUUGGUUACACUGUGUACUGAAA